AGCGGCGCGUCUGGAGGUCCCGCGGCUCUGUCUCUUGCUUCAACAGUGUUUGGACGGAACAGACCCGGGGACUCCCUCUUUUUCAUCCUCCAUCCACCUUCCAGUUACAGAUUUCGGGACCAUCAUCUCGCCCAUCUCCUGCUUCCAGGACCGGCCAACACCGUUCUUUUGUGGGUAGCUCCUUAUUGCUAACUAGCCAUGACUUCUCAGAUUCGUCAGAAUUAUUCCACCGAGGUGGAGGCUGCCGUCAACCGCCUGGUGAAUCUGCACCUGCGGGCCUCCUACACCUACCUCUCUCUGGGCUACUACUUCGACCGUGACGAUGUGGCUCUGGCAGGCGUGGGCCAUUUCUUCCGCGAGCUGGCCAAGGAGAAACGGGAGGGUGCCGAGCAUCUCCUGAAAAUGCAAAACCAGCGCGGAGGCCGAGUGCUCUUCCAAGACGUGCAGAAACCUUCUGAAGAUGAGUGGGGUAAAACCCUGGACGCUAUGGAAGCUGCCCUGGCCCUGGAGAAGAACCUGAACCAAGCUCUUUUGGAUCUUCAUGCCUUGGGCUCUGCCAAGACAGACCCCCAUCUCUGUGAUUUCCUGGAGAACCACUUCCUGGAUGAGGAGGUGAAGCUCAUCAAGAAGAUAGGCGACCACCUCACUAAUGUCCGCAGGCUGGCCGGCCCCCAGGCUGGGCUGGGCGAGUACCUCUUCGAAAGGCUCACCCUCAAACAUGACUAGGAGGCCCCGGAGCCUGGUGGCCUUUGAGGGGCUCCUGCUCACUUGGCAUCAGGGCUUUGGCCUAACCCUCUCCCUCCAGCCAGUAGUAGGCAGCUUUGUAGGCAGCUUUUUCACCUCUCUGGAGCCCCCUUCUAAGUCUUGGACCAAAAGAAAAUAAAGCCUUUUGCAGCA